AUGGCCAAGGGAAGUGGACUCUCCAUUGAUUCAGAUCCAUUUGGGUUCUCUCUCCACAAUCCCAUAGUCCUCAACUCCUUUCAACAAGACCAAUAUAACCACCAUCAACCCUGCAGGACCAAGAAGCAGCAGCAGCAGCAGCUUCAUCACUCCUCACUCAACAUGGACAUGGACGCCUCCACAAUUCACCCGACGUCUCCUCCUCCCCCUCCUCUUCCUCCUCCAACUCUGCAAUUCUCAGUCAACCUCAACUGCACCCAUGAAGAUGUUGAUAAUCAUCAUCAUCAUCAUCAUCAUCACCACCAUCAGCACUCUCCUGAACCACCCUCCAAUGAAAAACGUAAAGUCAUCGACGAGAGGGACUUCUUCGCCGAUAACAAGAGCCAUGUUGAUCAAGACAAGUCUGCCUCCGCCGACCCUGCUGAUAAAAUGGACUUACAUGGCCCGACGGAUAUGGAAUUCAACGUAAAUACUGGCUUGAAUCUUCUCCUUACAAACACUAGCAGUGAGCAAUCAGUGGUGGAUGAUGGCAUUUCGUCGAACAUAGAAGAUAAAAGAGCUAAAAGUGAGCUGGCUGUUCUUCAAGCUGAGUUUGAGCGAAUGAACGCGGAGAAUCAACGUUUGAGAGGCAUGCUUAAUCAGGUGACUACCAAUUACAACGCUCUUCAGGUGCAUUUGCUGACUUUGAUGCAAAGCCAGAAGGCUGAGCAGAACAGUAGCGCUGCUGAAGGCCAUGGAGUGUUUGAUGGGAACAACAAAAUGGUGGUGGAAGAAAAGAAGCUCAUUAAUGGCAAUGGAUCGCCAGUAGUGGUCCCUAGGCAGUUUAUGGAUCUCGGGUUGGCUGCCAAUAAUGCUGACACUGAUGAGCCUUCACAGUCUUCAUCUGAGGAAAGAAGCCGCGAACGGUCUGGAUCGCUUGGAGAGAAUGUGAAGGUUGCAGGGCAUAGUGAUGAUCAGGAGAAGAAGGAAUUUGGAAGAGGGAUUGGGAGAGAGGAGAGCCCAGAUCAGCCAUCACAGAGUUGGGCCCCUAACAAAGUUCCAAGGCUCAAUUCUCCCAAAGAGGUUGAUCAAACUGAGGCUACCAUGAGGAAGGCAAGAGUUUCGGUCAGAGCUCGAUCAGAGGCACCUAUGAUCACUGAUGGAUGUCAAUGGCGAAAGUAUGGACAAAAGAUGGCAAAGGGAAACCCGUGUCCUCGAGCUUAUUAUCGAUGCACCAUGGCUGCUGGUUGCCCAGUUCGUAAACAAGUACAAAGAUGUGCAGAAGAUAGGACAAUCCUAAUUACUACAUAUGAAGGCAAUCACAACCACCCAUUGCCUCCAGCAGCCAUGGCAAUGGCAUCAACUACUUCAUCCGCGGCACGAAUGCUACUCUCGGGGUCUAUGCCGAGUGCAGAUGGCCUAAUGGACUCAAACUUCCUCACCAGGACAAUCCUCCCAUGCUCCUCUAGCAUGGCCACCAUCUCAGCCUCAGCACCAUUCCCUACUGUUACAUUGGACUUAACACAAUCACCAAACCCUUUACAGCUCCAAAGGCCACCAGGCCAAUUCAACAUCCCAUUCCCAAACCCAUCUCAGAAUUUCACCAAUGGACCCGUCUCAUUGCUGCCUCAGAUUUUUGGUCAAGCACUCUAUAACCAGUCAAAAUUCUCUGGCCUGCAAAUGUCACAAGACAUGGAGCGUGCCCAACUGGGUCACCAACAGCAACCAGGGCACCAAGGGCAGCAGCAGAACUCAUUGGCUGACACUGUCACUGCAGCCACUGCUGCCAUUGCAGCUGAUCCAAACUUCACUGCAGCACUGGCAGCAGCCAUCACCUCCAUUAUUGGCAAUGCUCAUCCAAACAACAAUAGUAACAACGGCACCAACCCUGCAACCAACUCAAACAACAACAAUGGCAAUGGCAACGGCAACGCCACCAGCAACAACAAUAAACUUAGCAAUUCAAGUUUUCCAGCCAACUAA